GAAGGGUGGACGCUCUUCCGGAAGCUGUCGGCUGUAAACACCGCAACAACUGCAAUGAGUUUUGAGUGGCCCUGGCAAUACAGUUUCCCCCCGUUUUUUACGCUCCAGCCCAAUGUUGACACCAGACAGAAGCAGCUGGCGGCCUGGUGUUCGCUGGCUCUGUCGUACUGCCGGCACCACAAGCUCUACACCCUGGACGUCAUGGAGGCUCAGGAAAGCCCCGUGUUCAACAACAAGAAGAUAGAGCGAAAACUGUCAAUGGAAGCAAUUCAAGUUGUGUUCGAGGAAUUGAGGAAAAAAGGAAACCUGGAUUGGUUGGACAAAAACAAGUCCCGGUGCUUAGUCAUGUGGAGACGGCCGGAGGAAUGGGGAAAGCUGAUCCACCAGUGGGUUUCCAAAAUCGGGAUGGUCAACUCUGUGUUUACGCUCUACGAGUUGUCCAACGGUGACGACACGGAAGGCGAAGAGUUCCACGGGCUAGAAGACUGGAUGCUGCUGCGCUCGUUGCAGGCGCUGCAGGCGGACGGCAAAGCCGAGAUCAUCACCAUGGACGAUGGAAAGGGGGUCAAGUUCUUCUGAAAGCGGGCGCCCGGGACAUCACACACCCACACACACACCCCUGUAUAGGGGGGGGGGGAGCCUCAUAAUCCACGAGGUGCUCCUCAACGCCUGGAGGACGCUCGUCCCGCAGUUGUUGUUGUUGUUGUCGCCGCCUUUUAAAAAGUUUAUGCAAAACCCUUUUUUCUUAUUGGAAGAGAACAAAUAUCAUUUCUUUAGUGUUUUUUUGUUGUUGGGAGAAACCAAUAAAUAAGCAUUUGAGGCGACACUUAAACACGCAAUGGGUCUUUUUCGGGGGACUGAAUACUAUCUGAACACUCCUGGGGAAAAUCUCUCCCCACCAGCUGUUUCUUUAUUGUAAAUACGACUAGCUUUAUCUUUCUUGUUCUCUCCCAUAUUAACAAAAACUCUUCGGUAUCGUUGGCUGUGGACCUUUUUUGCUCUGCUGUUUUUCAAAUCUGAGCCAACGAGACAACCCAAAGAAAUCCCCGAACGCAACACCAGGGGGACUUUUUUUAUUUUGAGAAAAGGAACACCAAGAGACCCUGGCCCAACUCCCCUGGGUGUGAUAACAGUGGACUUCACUACAGAUUGCUGUCAUCCUAUUAUUGUGCUGUGGCUGCUGUUAUAUAAUCUCUUUCUAUUUUCAACUUUCUUUUUCUUUUCUUUUUUUUCAUGUCCUGUAGGAAAAUAAAUGAGACAUUUACUAUA